AUGACUAACGGCACUACCCUCUUCAGUGCCGCGUUGGCCGUCCUGGGCCUUCUCCCGGUGCCCAUCAGCUCCGCCGGGACAGACCACGCGACCUGGCCGGCGAUGGACAUUGAUCCUCUUAUCAAGGAGAAUCUGGCGCGGGCGUACAAGGCGGCAGACGACCCCAACGGGGGGCCCGAGGUCGCUGCCGCAUUCACUCCCGACGGCGGCUUCUCGGAGCAAAGACACACCAUUUACGCCGUGUUUGCCGACAAGAGCCCCGGUCUCGAGCUCAUGCUGCGCGGCAAUGCCAAGGUCACGAUGAACAACGGAUCGACCCUCGAAGGGGACUUUGUGGCGUGGGCGGUCAUAGAUGAAGCGAGCUACGAGGCUGGGGAUCCGAAGCUGUCCCUUCUGCAUGUCUUUUCUGCGUGA